AUGAGCUCCCUUUCCCACAGACUCUCCCGCAUACCUGCUUCUAGCCGUUCCUUCUCCACAUCAAUCCGCCGUCUCGCUCAAGAACCCGCACCUGUCGACCCCGUGGCCGCCAAGCAGACCAAAAUCAGCAACAACUACAGCAGCCCUCAGAUCCGCAAGCCCCGCAGAGGUCCCUACGCAGACUCCCCCUUGCCAGUCUUUCCUCUACUCGCCAUCUUCUUCACCGGCUCUUUCCUCUUCUACCAGCUUUCAAAGUCAAGAGACGGUCAAGGCAAAUCUCACUACGUUUUGCCUCCCAGAGACAAGAAGCCAAAGCCCGCCAAAGAAUUCAACUCGAACCUCCACUCCGAACACUAG